CGAAAUUAAACAUGGCAGUAGAAAGGGGAAGAAAUUGGAUGGGUUGCCGGAGGGACAGCAGAGGCGGGAUUAUCGUCGUUCUUCGAUCUUAAUUGGAGACUUUCAUCUCCGAUUCCUCUGCCUCGUUCCAGUCUAAGCUCCUCAAUUUUCGAUUCCAGUUCCAAUUUCUGAUGGGUACAGCGGGUAGUGAUGUAGAAGCAGGGUUCGCGAAGCUCCAAGGUGAGGAUUUCGAGUACUAUAUGCAAACCUACUCAAUAAUCCUUGGCCGGAAUUCCAAGAAAUCCACCGUGGACGUCGACCUCUCCAGCCUCGGCGGCGGAAUGAACAUUUCUCGCCAUCACGCUCGUAUCUUCUACGAUUUCACGCGGCGGCGAUUUGCCCUAGAAGUGCUCGGUAAAAAUGGCUGCCUCGUUGAAGGGGUUCUUCAUUUGCCUGGGAACGCCCCGGUCAAGCUCGAUUCUCAAGAUCUUCUUCAGAUUGGGGAUAAGGAGUUCUAUUUCCUUUUGCCGGUGAGGAGUAUUUUAGGUGGUUCUGUUGGGCCGAGGAGCUAUAUGAGUCAUCCCGGAUCGGCCGCGGCGGGUCCUGCUGUCGCUGCGCCGGUGGUGCCGUCGCUCCCGCACUAUAAUUUUCAUUUAGCUGGCUCUGGAGGAGCCGCUGCUGCAGGGGCGAUGGUGAAAAAAGGGAGAGGACGAGAGUAUUAUGAGGAGGGAUAUGAGGAUGAGGACGACAUUGGUGGAAGUAGUGGCAAGAAGUUUAGGCGAGAGGCAUAUGGAUCCGGUGGUUCAGGUGGCAAAGCAGGAUUUUCUGGCGGAUUGGUUUCCAUGGACAAGAAGCUCGAUGGAAGGUCACGAGUUGAUCGAGAAGCUGAUAAUCAGCUUCUCCAGGAAGAAAAGGAUGUGGUAUCUUCAGUAGCUACCGUGCUGUCUGAUCUUUGUGGCCCCGGAGAAUGGAUGCCUAUGGAGAAGCUCCACCCUGAGCUGGUUGAGCAAUAUGGCAAUGUUUGGCACCAUAGUCGUGUAAGGAAGUACCUCACUUCAGAGGAUUGGCAUGGUCCAGAAGCCAAGGAUAAACCGUGGUAUGGCUUGCUUAUGUUGUUGAGAAAGUACCCAGAACACUUCGUGAUUAACACGAGAUCCAAGGGCCGAGUAACGCUCGAGUUUGUCUCUCUCGUCUCGUUGCUUUCUUAGAGUCGAAAACUAGAAUAGGGUUUUUCCUCGGAUCUGAGCGUUUUGUCACAAACUCGUAUGUCAGAUUACGAGCAGUUGAUUCGAUUUCCUGAUUUGUGUCCAGUUUGUAGUGAUUUCAUGAACUCAAUAUAUGUAAAUUAUAUUCCUACUAUCAAUCUAAAAUAGCUUUUCAUCUAAA